AUGCUCGUCACGUUCAUGCGUGGAAGAGGGACGACAGGGAACGAUGGCCUGACUGGGCUCCAGUUCUUUGCUUGUCUUCCAAACGGUGUCUGGGCAUCUCGUGAGAUGGCUCCGCUUCUUCACUUUUCGGUUGCAUGGCGACGAGAAUCCGGUGUCAUGGAUCGGAUUGAGCAUUCGAGCACCGGCCCAUGGCGUCUCUCCAUCGCUGUGUAUGGCUGGACAGGUCGAAACAAGAUGGAGAAUGGAUCUCCAGGAUCCCGAGAGGGUGGAAAGGGGGCGACUCGAAGUGAGGACAAGCGAGAGAGGAUCGCUCGGGGGUGCUGGGAGGAAAGAUACAGCUUGAACAGCAGUCCCACGGGGCCAACCAAAGCGUGGAAGGGCCUGUAUUACCCUACCGACAGCGCUUGA